AGUCCGCUCUUCAUAAGCACUAUAGCGUUGUCUGAUCAGAAAAAAAAACUAUUGUUUGGUUUCUUGGAGACUAAUAGUGAAAAUCAGCUCAUAAGUAAUAAUGAGGGAGGUCAUCUCAAUUCACAUUGGCCAAGCUGGAGUCCAAAUAGCAAAUGCUUGUUGGGAGCUCUACUGUCUGGAACACGGGAUCGCACCUGACGGUUUUGUAGCCAACACUUGGGGUCCAGCAGAUGAGUCCUUCUUAACCUUCUUCAACGAUACAGGUGCUGGCAAACAUGUACCUAGAGCUAUUCUAUUUGAUCUGGAGCCUACAGUAGUCGAUGAGGUUAGGACCGGAACUUACCGACAGCUAUUCCAUCCAGAACAGCUUAUAACUGGAAAAGAGGACGCCGCAAAUAAUUAUGCCAGGGGACACUAUACGGUCGGUAAAGAGAUCUGUGAUCUUGUUCUGGACAGGAUCCGAAGGCUUGCCGAUAUCUGCCAAGGUCUGCAAGGGUUCCUACUUUUCCACUCAUUCGGGGGUGGAACCGGGUCCGGUUUUACUUCUCUUCUCAUGGAAAGGUUAACUGCAGAUUACGGAAAGAAAAGCAAACUAGAAUUUGCCGUGUACCCUGCACCUCAAAUUUCAACAGCUGUUGUUGAACCUUAUAAUGCUGUUCUAACAACGCACACAAGUUUAGAACAUUCCGACGUUGCUUUUUUGGUUGACAACGAAGCAAUAUACGACAUAUGCGCCAGAUAUCUAGACGUAGAUAGACCAACAUAUACGAACUUGAACCGAUUGAUAGGUCAAGUUGUUUCAGCAAUCACAGCUUCAUUACGAUUUGACGGUGCUUUGAACGUAGACUUAACAGAAUUCCAAACGAAUUUAGUACCCUACCCUCGGAUUCACUUUCCACUGGUAACAUAUGCUCCUAUAAUAUCAGCUGAAAAAGCAUACCACGAGCAGCUUACAACACAGGAAAUAACAAAUCAGUGCUUUGAACCCAUGGCUCAGAUGGUGAAAUGUGACCCUAGACAGGGCAAAUACAUGUCAGUGUGUUUACUGUACCGGGGAGCAGUGACACCUAAAGAUGUGAAUGUGGCCAUUGCGAAUAUCAAGAGCAAGAGCACGAUCAAUUUCGUUGACUGGUGUCCUACUGGGUUUAAAGUGGGCAUUAAUUAUCAACCUCCGACUGUUGUGCCAGGUGGAGAUUUAGCCAAGGUCCUCAGAGCAGUAUGUAUGCUGACUAACACUUCGGCCAUUGCGGACGCCUGGGCCAGAUUAGACUAUAAAUUUGACCUCAUGUACUGCAAGAGGGCAUUCGUACACUGGUACGUGGGGGAGGGCAUGGAGGAGGGGGAGUUCAGUGAAGCGAGGGAGGAUCUGGCUGCCCUGGAAAAAGACUACGAGGAGGUCACAAUAGACAGUGCCGACAUGGAGGGCGAGUGGUGACGUCACCAACCAAGUCACAUGAUCAAAGCAAAUCACGCGUGAAAUCAAAACCGUUCAAAAACAGCGUGUUCUAUCUAUAAUAUAUAAAUGCUAAGCUGGUAGAAACA